AUGUCCACACAACGCGCCCUCCUCCUAACCUCAAAAACAUCCCCCCUCUCCCUCCGCACGAUACCCAUCCCCGCCGCCGUCCCGGGGUCCGUGGUCGUAAAAGUCCUCAGCACCUACAUCCUCUCCUACCUCACCUCCGUCCUCGACGGCACAGCGCCCUACGCACACUCCCUGCCGCUCGUCCCCGGCGCCAACACCAUCGGUCGCGUGCACGCCGUCGGCAGCGACGCCACGGUGCUGAGUGAGGGCCAGUUGGUGUUCUGCGACAUCACGGUCCGCGCGCGCGAUGAUCCGGAUGUGGGCAUCCUGAUGGGCAUGCAUGGCGGGGAUGCCCAGGCUAUGAAACUCAUGCAGGGCGAGUGGAGGAAUGGCUCGUUUGCCGAGUACGCGAGGUUUCCGCUGGAGAAUUGCUUUGUGCUUGAUGAGGGGCUGCUGUGUGGGGAGAUGGGGUAUAGUGUUGAGGAUUUAUGUGCAAUUCCCGCUUAUCUAACCCCGUUUGGCGGCCUUGCGGAAAUUAAUCUCCUGCCAGGAGAAACUAUCAUCAUCGCCCCAGCCACCGGUCGUUUCGGAGGCGGUGCUGUCACGACAGCCCUCGCAAUGGGCGCUACAGUCGUAGCAUGCGGUCGCAAUGAAGCCACACUCUCAGCCCUAAAGAAAACAUUCGCUCACACCGGACGCAUUGAAACAAUAAUCCUAGCAGGGGAUAAAGAAACCGACACCCGAGCCAUGAUCGCCGCGUCCCGCAACAAAGGCAAAGGCGCCGACGCAUUCCUCGACUUCUCACCCGCCGCCGCCGCCAAAUCCACACACAUCGCCGCCGUCAUGGCCGCGCUGCGACCCUUUGGGCGGGCUUGUUUCGCGGGGGGCAUUUAUGGGAGUGUGGAGAUUGAUUAUCUGGGGUUGAUGAUGCGGAGCUUGAGGAUCCAGGGAUGGCUGAUGUAUAGUCGGGAGAUGGUGGGGAGGCUUAUCAAGAUGGUGGAGAAGGGGAACCUGAAGCUGGGGGAGCGGGAGUCGGGGAUGAGGACGGUGGGGCGGUUUGGGUUGGAGGGUGUGGAGGAGGGGAUGGAGAUGGCGAGGAGGGAGAGGGGGUGGGGGAAACAGGUGCUUUUGAUGCCGUAG